ACGGGGCAGCUGGUGGGCAGGCGAAAGAGGGAAAGUUGGAGGUGGGAGGGGCAUCCUCGGUUUCUAUUUAUUUUUGUUUAUUUGCUUCAUUGUUACCCUCUUUUCCUCAUCAUAUAGGAUCUCAAGGCAGCGAUGGUAAAUAUUUAUUUAUUUAUUUAUUUAUUUACAGUAUUUAUAUGCCGCCCUUCUCACCCCAAAGGGGACUCAGGGCGGAUUACAAUGAACACAUAUAUGGCAAACAUUCAAUGCCAGCAGACAAAAAACAUAUAUAGACAGACACAGAGGCAUUUAACAUUUUUUUCCAGCUUCACGAUUCCGGCCACAGGGGGAGCUGUUGCUUCACUGUUCACUAGUGGCUGUACUUCCUCAUUCCAUUCCUCGUGUUUUGCUAGCAGUUUUAUGAUGUUGUAAAUUAGUUAAAUUAGCCUCCCGCAUAAAGCGUACCUAAAUUUCCCUAAUUGACAGAUGCAACUGUCUUUUGGGGCUGCAUAGGUCAACAGCAAGCCGGGCUAUUUAAUGGUCGGGGGCUUAACCCGACCUGGGCUUCGAACUCAUGACCUCUCGGUCAGUAGUGAUUUAUUGCAGCUGGUUACUAGCCAGCUGCGCCACAGCCCGGCCCAGGACACAGUGCAAAUCGAAACAAUGCACAUUAAAAUAUGAGUAUAAAAUGAAUAAUUAAAUAAAAACAGUUAGGGGUUGCAUGGCCAGAAUCAAUGGGGUUUGCUGUGAAUUUCCCCGGGCUGUAUGGCUAUGUUCCAGAAGCAUUCUCUCCUAACGUUUCGCCCGCAUCUUUGGCAGGCAUCUCAGAGGUUGUGAGGUCUGUUGGAAACUAGGCAAGUGGGGAGAUAUAAUCUGUGGAAUGUUUAGGGUGGGAGAAAUGGAAACAUUCACACCUGCCUCCAACAGACAAGAAUUCUUUCUCCCACCCUGGAUAUUCCACAGAUAUAUUAACCCCGCUUGCAUAGUUUCCACUAUACCUCACAACCUCUGAGAACGCCAUACGGCCAUUCAACCCGGAAAACUCACAGCAACACAAUUAGGGGUUGACUGUCUGAGAGGUGGAUCAGCUUCGUUCCAGCAAAGUGGCAAAAAGGCGAAUGGUUCAUUCCGUCGUGAGCUUCGUGGCUGCCACCCGAGUUCGAUGGCCUCAGGAAGAGCUUCUCUCUUUCCCUCGGGGAGAGAAAGGGAAGGCUCCUAUUGCCCUUUCCCAAGUGUCCUCCCCAGCUCCUGUGUCCGGAUACACCAAAAUGAAGACAGCCACCAACAUCUAUAUUUUCAACCUUGCCCUGGCAGAUGCAUUAGCGACAAGCACAUUGCCAUUCCAAAGUGUGAAUUACCUCCUGGGAACAUGGCCAUUUGGAACCACUAUUUGUAAGAUUGUUAUAUCUAUAGAUUACUAUAACAUGUUCACAAGCAUUUUCACCCUCUGCACAAUGAGUGUGGAUCGCUACAUAGCCGUUUGCCACCCUGUCAAGGCUCUGGAUUUCCGGACCCCCAAAAAUGCCAAAAUUGUCAAUGUCUGCAACUGGAUUGUUUCUUCAGCCAUUGGCAUUCCAGUUAUGGUGAUGGCAACUACAAAAGAGAGCCAUGGCUCAAUUGAUUGCACACUUACAUUCUCUCAUCCAGCAUGGUAUUGGGAGAACCUUCUGAAAAUCUGUGUUUUCAUCUUUGCCUUCAUCAUGCCUGUCUUAAUCAUUACCGUGUGCUAUGGACUCAUGAUUUUACGCCUGAAGAGUGUUCGAAUGCUCUCUGGCUCCAAGGAAAAGGAUAGGAAUCUCCGAAGAAUCACCAGGAUGGUCCUUGUGGUAGUGGCUGUCUUCAUCGUCUGCUGGACUCCCAUCCAUAUUUAUGUGAUCAUUAAAGCCCUGGUCCAUAUUCCUGAAACUACUUUCCAGACAGUCUCCUGGCAUGUCUGCAUUGCUUUGGGGUACACAAAUAGCUGCCUUAAUCCCGUCCUUUAUGCAUUUCUAGAUGAGAACUUCAAAAGGUGUUUCAGGGAAUUCUGCAUCCCAACAGCUUCAACCAUUGAGCAGCAAAACUCCACUCGUGUUCGACAAAACACUCGUGACCAUGCUUCCACUGCCAAUACAGUGGAUAGAACUAACCAGCAGUUGGAACUUCUGGAAGCUGAUGCCACGCCACAGCCAUGAAAGCCUCCCUUCCCCCUACUGUGUAGCAACCAAAGCCAGUGUUAUUGAGUGGCUGCACUGUUGGUGGCAGGAAAACACAGGAGAUGGAUUAUUCCCCAUCUCUUGCUCAUCCCACCUUAAAGCAAAUGUCUGCCUAAAUAAAAAUAGCAUAAGAAUGGUUGCCUCAAGGCAAAUUCCCAUUGCACAUUUUGGAAACACGGGACUUCAAAGUAGAUGAAAAAUUGACUUUCAUCCUAUAGUAUAUUAACUUACAGUCCCCAAGAAUGUACCCAUUGUAAACACAAUAGUUCUGGCUUCAUGCCCAUUUUUCUUAAAACAAUUUCUUAAAAUUGGACUCGCCGCUCCCUAUCCUUUUAGAACCAAAAAGGGAAAAAAAUGAAGACAUGAGGGAAGAUUACAUGAAGGAGAUUAUUACUCAAUCGUGCAUCCUGUUAUUGGUAUUUAGGGGUUUACGUAAUCUAAGCAUGUGCCAUGUAGGAUUGUUAAUCAUAAAAAUGCUUAUAGCAUAUUCUUUUAUGAAUGAGAUGGUUUACAAGUUAGCCACAAAUAACAAGACAAAUAAAAGCUACCUCUGAGAUUUUUUAAUGUAUUAGAUGAAAGUGAAGUCCACCACUGCAUUAAAAACAAGAUUUCAUCCAAAGAAGUCUCUAUCCACAUUCUGUCUUGACUUGAACAUUGGAAGAUCUGUCCCAACACAUAUAUAAGUAUUUUAGCUACAAAAUUAUGAUAUGUUCAUUUAAGGCUGCCAGAAGGAAGUAAUAUGUGAACAAGGACAAGAAAAUGUAUUUUUUCUUUGAAUGUGUGUAUCUAAAACCAAGAAACAGUAUGUCAUGUAAAUACCAUUGCUGAUCUACACUGCUGCUAUUUUGAAAGUGAAAUACAUAGUAAUGAAUCAUUUCUAAAGGCCUCAUUUGUCCAACUUAACUUAAUUCAAAUAGCCUGGUGUGAUUUUUAAAGAACCUUUAUGUUUAAAAAAUAUAGUAACUUGUGUGUAUAUACUAUUAUACCUAUUAAAUAAUCUCUGUGUGUUUGUUGUAUGUAUAAUUACAAAUGUAAAAUAGUUAAGCAUUUAUAAGCAUAAUUUUAAAAUGUAUUGCUUAUGCAGCAGGAAGUUACAUAUUUCUUCUAAACUGAACAUAGUUUUGUAUACAAACACCAUGUAAGGUUUUCUGUUCCAUUAACAAUACUGCAUCUCAGCUUUAGAACACCUAAUGUAAUUAACAGCUUUUAAAAAGCCUGCCCUGUCAAAACAGUCUUGUCUUUCACAUAAGCAAUGGUAAUGAUCACAUAGAUAAUUUGUCAAUAUAUAAUAUUUUAUAUUUGUUGUUUACUGUAUGUUGUAAUUAAAUGGACAAAAAAUGACCCAGGAAGCAAAAAGCACAUAGAUGAAUGUGUGUGUGUUGUAAAGAACAUCAUAGCCACUCUGUUUUCAGAAAUGUCUACAACUGCAUUUUCUUUGCUGCCUUUUUUGCUCAGUUAUGUAAGCAGCAUCUAUUGUUAAAGAUAUCAGAGCUCUGUAAAAGAUCAAUUCUCUAUCUUGAGUAAAAGCUAAUGUUCAAUUAAUUAUGUAAGAUCAAUCUACAUUAGCUUUUUGUAUCCAUGUGUACCAGGCUAUGUAAAAAUGUCAAAGUGC